CCCUCUCUCUCUCUCUAUUCUCUCUAUUCCUUUUCCCACAUAGCCCUCCGAUUCUCUCUUAUUUACACUCCCUGCCAUUCUCUCUCCCCCCCUCCCCCAAAUGCCACGCUCUCCGCGGCGGUCGUGAUCCGCUCCCUUCCCCCCGACGACGACGACGUUUUCUGCGCCGGAGCUAGUGACAUGGAGAGAUCUGGAAGCGGCGGCGGCGAGGAUUUCCGGGACUUCAUUCGGAGCUCCUCAGAGAAUAAUGCACUCUUUGAUGCAUCACAGUAUGAGUUUUUCGGCCAGAACGCGGCCGAAGAAGUUGCGCUUGGGGGUUUAGACGAGGAGAAUGACCGAAAGUCUUUGUUUGGGUCUGUUGAUAACGAGUACCAUCUGUUCGAGAAGGAUGAGGGCUUAGGGUUGGGAUCUUUGAAUGACGUGGAUGAUCUGGCAACUACUUUUGCAAAGUUGAACAAAGUUGUAACUGGACCUAGACACCCGGGCGUAAUUGGAGAUAGAGGUUCUGGAUCUUUUUCACGGGAGAGUUCAUCUGCUACUGAUUGGGCCCAAGAUGGAGAUUUCGGUAGCUGGUUGGACCAGCAGAUGUUUGAUACAGAUAACUCUCUGGACGGAAAACGAUGGUCCUCACAACCACAAUCUUCCGCUCGAUUUCCAGAAUCAAAACCUUUGCACAGAACAUCCUCAUACCCUGAGCAGCCACCUGUCCUACAGCACUACAACAGUGAACCAAUUAUAGUACCCAAAUCAGCAUUCACCUCAUUCCCUCCCCCUGGAAAUAGGUCCCAGGGGGGAUCACCACAGCAUCUGAGUUUUUCUACUCUAUCUGGUGCUUCCCAGUCGCCUUUUUCUUCACCAAAUCUUUCUUCUUUAUCUAACUCUAAUCUUCAUCUGGCUGGUGGUUUACCUCAUGGCUUGCAUUAUGGAGCGAACAUGCCUCAGUUCACAAACCCUGUUGCUGUUUCUUAUAAUAGCAGGUCACAAAAUCAUUGGGUCAACCGUGCUGGAGUAUUGCAUGGGGAUCAUUCUAAUCUCUUGAACAAUAUAUUGCAGCAACAGCUACCUCAUCAAAAUGGGCUUUUGUCUGCACAGUUACUCUCAGCUCAGCAGCAGCUACAACAGCAGAGAUUGCACCGUCCGAUACAGCCAUCUUUGGCCCAUUUUGCAGCAAUGCAGCCCCAGCUAUAUAAUACCCAUCCUUCUCCCUCGCACAAGCCAAUGCAUGGAUUGCCCGACAUAAGAGAGCAUAGACCUAAACAUAGGAGCAAGCACAAUCGGUUUUCUCAAGGCUCUGAUACUGGUAGUCAGAAGAGUGAGAGUGGGUUUAUACAGUUCAGAUCUAAACAUAUGACAUCUGAAGAGAUAGAGAGCAUUCUUAAAAUGCAGCAUGCCGCAACACAUAGCAACGACCCCUACAUAGAUGAUUAUUACCACCAGGCAAGUCUUUCCAAGAAAGCUUCUGGGUUGAGGUCAAAACAUGCUUUCUGCCCAUCUCACUUGAGAGAGUUCUCUUCCAGAGGUCGUAAUAGUAGUGAUCAGCAUUCCCAUUCUUCUGUUGAUGCUCUCGGGAGGAUUCCUCUCUCGUCCAUCCGUAGGCCACGACCCCUCCUUGAAGUCGAUCCCCCUCCUGGUGAAGGGAAUUCUGAACAUGCCUCUGAGAAGCCUUUGGAACAGGAACCAAUGCUUGCUGCUAGGAUAACCAUUGAAGAUGGCCUUUGUCUCCUUCUUGAUGUUGAUGAUAUUGAUCGACUCAUACAAUGUGGUCAGCCCCAAGACGGUGGAGUUCAACUUCGGCGAAGGCGGCAGAUGCUGCUGGAAGGGUUGGCAGCGUCACUUCAGCUUGUAGAUCCACUUGGUAAAGGCAGCCAUGCAGUUGGGUUAUCCCCUAAAGAUGACCUUGUGUUCCUCAGGUUGGUGGCUCUUUCAAAAGGCCGAAAGCUCCUUUCUAGGUUUAUCCAACUUCUUUUCCCUGGUAGUGAGCUUGCCCGGAUUGUUUGCAUGACUGUAUUCCGGCAUUUAAGAUUUUUGUUUGGAGGUCUCCCAUCUGAUCCUGCAGCUGCUGAUACAACUAACAGUCUUGCAAAAACGGUUUCUGCAUGUAUAACUGGUAUGGAUCUUCGUGCACUAAGUGCCUGUCUUGUUGCAGUCGUUUGUUCAUCAGAGCAGCCACCUCUUCGUCCCCUUGGAAGCCCUGCUGGAGAUGGGGCCGCUAUUAUAUUGAAAUCUGUUCUUGAAAGAGCAACUGAACUCUUAACUGACCCUCACGCUGUUGGAACCUGUAGUGUGUCUAAUCGUGCCCUCUGGCAGGCUUCCUUUGAUGAAUUCUUUGGUCUUCUUACCAAAUAUUGUCUGAGUAAGUAUGAAACUAUCUUGCAAUCAUUAUUCACGCAGACCCAGCAAAGCACAGAAGUUAUUGGCUCAGAGGCCACCAAGGCAAUACACAGGGAAAUGCCUGUUGAGCUUCUACGUGCCAGUCUUCCUCACACUAAUGAGCACCAAAGGAAGCUUUUGUCAGAUUUUGCCCAACGUUCCAUGCCCAUUUCUGGUCUUAAUGUGAAUGGCGGUCAAAUGAACUCUGAAUCAGUAAGAGGAUAGCGGCCUAGCGGGUACUGGAGAUUUUGCCGGAAAGAUCUCUUGAAAAACAUAAUUGAUUGGUUGACGGGGAUGGUGAUGUGAAAUGCAUAUCAGGGGGAAUAUGAAUCCACUUUAAAGUGGAUGGGUUGUGCGGGGCUCUGGGGAGUGGAAGGAAUUGCUCCCCAUCGAAGUAAUUUUACAAAGCUUCGUUGUUAUUUGUUUAACUUUUUACUGUUCUAAAAUUUUAGUAAACAUGUGAUGGUCAUUUUGAAGAAUUCGUAGUUGUGCCUAAAUGUGUAAUAUCAUGGGAAUAGAGUUUGAGUCUGGGAGUGGUUCUUCUGGGAGCUUUAUUUUGGUGCUCUGUGUUGAACUGGAAGCAUAGGGAUAGAAUGUACAGGGUAGUCUUACAGAACCUUCAGAACAACUUUGUUUCGGGUCAUCUUCUGAUGUUGAAAAUUUCAGCUAUGUAUGAUAGUGUAUUGUCUUUCUCUGUU